AUGAAGUAUCCGGAGCUAAGACUUCCUGCCUUUUCUGGGAAGCUCUCCGAAUGGAUAAAUUUUCGGGACAACUUUAAACCGUUGAUCCACGAUUAUGGUCAAUUGAAUUUGAUAGACAAGUUCAAUUAUCUCCAAACGUCGUUGAAAGAUGAUGCGCUACUACAAGUCAACCAAAUUCAAGUCACAGCUGCGAACUAUGGACUAGCCUGGGCCACUCUGGAGUCCAAAUACGAAAACCACAAGCUUAUUGCACAGGAACACAUGAGAGCAAUUUUUUCGGCUGCUCCGAUGAAGAUGGAAAGUUUCCAGGGGUUGAAUCAUCUUCUAACGACAUUCCGAGUCAACCUUCAGCAACUGGAAAAGUUAGGAGAAAAUACCGACAACUGGGGCACUCUGCUAGCUUUCAUGCUUUCCCAGAAGCUGGAUGACGAUACAAUUCGCCACUGGGAAACGUGCCACAGCUCAAAGGACAUUCCUUCGUACAAGCCGAUGGUGGAGUUCCUGGAGAAGCACUGUGCCAUACUUCAGUCUACGUCAGCGCGAAGGAGCAGUGAUUUUAAGAAGCCUCUCAAGAGCCAAGUGGUUCACGCUGCAGUAUCAUCAAAUGGAGGUUGCCAAGUCUGCAACGGUGGAGCGCAUUCCAUUGAGCAGUGUAGGCGCUUCGGGAAGAUGAAGGUUAUCGAUAGGAAGGUUAUUGUGCGAAAGUUUGGAUUGUGUUUGCAGUGUCUACGAUCUGGUCAUUUUGUUGCGGAUUGUUCGAGGCCAACGUGUGGCAAAUGCGGAGGCAGUCACCACUACAUGCUUCACCCAUACGUUGCUCCGGUGAAUCACGAGCAAAAUUCGAUUCCUCCCUCCUCCCAAGUCCCACCAAAAAGACCUCAAGCCGCGAACCCACCGCCACAGCAAUCCAAUCAGGCCCAAAACCGGAACACUUAUCACAACAACCCACAGUCUUCACAAACACCAAGUACAUCUUCGCAAAAAACACAUUACCACUCAAAUAUUGCGCUUUUGUCUACCGCUAUCGUGAAGCUCGGUGACCGCUAUGGAAACACCGUACUUGCACGCGCUUUGCUGGACAACGGAUCACAGAUCUGCAUUAUGUCUGAAUCCUUGUCUCAGAAGCUGAGAUUUCAGCGUAUGCGAGAAAAUUUGCCUGUGAAGGGAGUGGGUGGUAGUUCAUCAAUCAGCAAGCAAGCAGUGUUAGCCUCGGUUUCCUCUUGUAACUCGUCGUACGUAUCGUCUGAGCUGAAGUUCUAUGUGCUGCCGAAAAUUACGUCGAACCUACCGCAGCAAAGUUUCGGUAUUUCGUCUUGGAGCAUACCAAAGGGUAUUUCACUUGCGGAUCCAAGUUUCAACGAAUCUGGUGUCGUUGACGUGAUUUUGGGAGCAGUCAUCUUCUACGAUCUUUUGUUGGAAGCACAACGGAAGCUUCAUGGUUCAAGAUUAAUUCUGCGAAAUACACAGCUCGGGUGGAUCGUUGCUGGAAGUGUUCCAGAAAAUUCUGUUGUCAGCUACAAUACGGUAGCUUCUACGCCAGUGACUACCGAAGAACUAUUCGAGGAGUUAACUAAAUUCUGGGAGCUGGAAUCAUGCCAUACUAAAAGCUGUUUGUCUGUAGAAGAGUCUGCAUGCGAAGCGAUAUUCGAGGAGACGACUACCAGAGCCUCGGAUGGGAAGUUUCGAGUGACACUUCCGAAAAGGAAGCACAUGCUGGGAAGGUUGGGAGAAUCAAAGGUCAUUGCGAAGAAACGAUUUCUUUCAAUGGAGAAAAGGCUGAGUGCCAACACCGAAAUGAAGGCCUUGUAUACAGCAUUCAUGCAUGAGUACCUGUACAUGGGUCACAUGAAGGAGAUAACAGGAGAAGAUGGAGAUUCAGGCCCAGAGUAUUACAUCCCGCAUCAUGCAGUGUUAAAACCAGACAGCACGACGACAAAAUUGAGAGUGGUCUUCGAUGCAUCGUGCUCUACGGAUUCCGGUGUUACUUUGAAUGACAUCUUGAUAGUGGGAAAAGUCGUUCCAGUCGACCUCCCAAGCAUUCUGCUACGUUUCCGGUUGUACAAGUUGCAGGAGACGCAGUAA